AUGCCUUCGGAGAAGCAGCCCUUCUACGACCCCGUGCCGCCAACCUACGAUGAGGCCGUCGCCGGCAGCAGCCGCCGCGACCCCCGGGCCUGGGCCGACGAGCGCGACGCCGCCGAGGCCGAGGCGCAAUCACUCCUUCCGCACGCCGAAUCCUCAGGGAGCUCAUCCCGACGGCCCAACGGCUACCGGGCGCCGACAGUAGAGACGGACGACGAGUCGAGCCUCUUUGGCAGCGACAGCGAUGACGACGACGACGAAGAGGCCGCCCAGGUGCGGCGCGAAAUGCAAGAGAUGGAAAUUGAGGAGCCGUCACGCUCACGGGGCUCGUCAUGGGGAAAGAGGAUAGGCUUCAGGCUCUCACUACCUCGGUGGAAGUGGUCGUGGAGGCCGAGGCUACCGCGGUUCCGUAUCCGGUUGCCGUCACGGGCACCCGCCGCCGAGAGCACCGAGACGACGGAAGAAGGCGAGGAGGCGACCGAGACGCGACGAUGGCGGUGGCCCAAGCUCGACAGAUUGACAAUGGUGCUUGUGUUUGCCCGCAUCAUUGCCCUCUUCAUCGUGCUGGGCUUCCUCUACUUCCUCUUCGCCAGCGGCGUCUUCGGCAACCUGUCGUCGCGCCUCAACGGCGGCAUGCGCUUCGACGCCGAGGACCUGCGCCAGUUCCUGCAGGCCAGGGUCGAGCCGAUGCGGCUGCGCGCGUCGGUGCAGCACUUUUCCAACUACGCGCACAUUGCCGGCACCGAGGGCGACUACGCCACGGCCAUGGACGUGAAGAGCAUGUUCAGCAGGGCUGGACUCGACAAGGUGUCGGUGGACGAGUACUACGUCUACGUCAACUACCCGACAAAGGACGGCAGGGCCGUGCAGAUAAUGGACGACAAAGGCGAAAAGGCGAUUUGGACGGCCAAGCUGGAAGAGGAGGAGCGCGGCGGCGAGACGGCCGGCCGACAGACGUAUGCGUUCCACGGGCACUCCAAGUCUGGGGAUGUCAAGGGGCCGCUCAUCUACGCCAACUACGGCUCGCGCGACGACUUCAAGAAGCUCAAGGACAAGGGCAUCGACACCAACGGCGCCAUCGCGUUGGUGCGAUACUACGGCACCGAGACCGACCGGGCACUCAAGGUCAAGGCGGCCGAGCUUGCGGGUUUCGCGGGCUGCAUCAUCUACAGCGACCCCGCCGAGGACGGGUUCCUGAAGGGGACCGUCGCACCCAAGGGCCGCUUCAUGCCCGAGGACGGCGUCCAGCGCGGCGCCGUCAGCCUGAUGAGCUGGGUGGUGGGCGACGUGCUGACGCCGGGGUGGGAGAGCAAGAAGGACAGGCCGCGCAUGAAGGUCAACGAGACGGCGGGCCUGGUCAAGAUUCCGAGCCUGCCGCUGGCAUGGCGGGACGCGCAGGUCCUGCUGCAGCACCUCAAGGGCCACGGCGAAAAGGUGCCGGACGGGUGGAAGGGAGGCGUCCCCGACGUGGAGUGGUGGACGGGCGACCAUUCCUCACCGAUUGUGCGCCUCAAGAAUGAGCAGGACGAGAACGAGCAGCAACCCAUCUGGAACGUGUACGGCAAGAUUGUCGGCAUGGAGCAGAGCGACAGGGCCAUCAUCCUGGGCAACCACCGCGAUGCGUGGGCCUUUGGAGCCACGGACCCGCACUCGGGGACUGCCAUCAUGAUUGAGCUGGCGCGCAUCUUUGGUGACCUGGUGGCGCGAGGAUGGAGGCCGCUGCGGACCAUUGAGUUUAUGUCGUGGGACGCGGAAGAGUACAACCUGAUUGGGUCGACCGAGUUUGUCGAGAACAACCUCGAGCUGCUGCGGGAAGGCGCCUACGCCUACAUCAACCUCGACACGGUGGUGACGGGCACCGAGUUCCGCGCGGCGGGUUCGCCGAUCAUGGAAAAGGCCCUGCUGCGGGCUCUGGACCGGGUGACGGACCCAAAGACGAACACGACGCUGCGGCAGACGUGGAAGCCUGCCAAGGGCCGGAUGGACGGGCUGGGGGCGGGCAGCGACUAUGUCGCGUUCCAGGACAUUGCCGGAACGAGCUCGCUGGACCUCAUGUUCCAGGGCGAAAUGUUCCCGUAUCACUCGAGCUACGCCGACUUUGCGCUCGUGGAGAACGUCAUCGACCCCGGGUUCGUGUACCACCAGGUGCUGGCGCAGGUCGUGGGGCUCAUCAUCCUCGACCUGGCCGACCGGGCGGUGCUGCCGUUCGACUCGGUGGCCUACGCCGAGGCACUCAAGGGCUGGGUACACGAGCUGGGCAAGUGGAUAGACAGCAAGGGAGGCAACAAGGACGAGAAGACGAGGCUGCCGAUCAAGGAGCUCGAGGACGCGGUCGCGCUGGUCAAGAGCAACGCCGAAGAAUUCGCCAAGUGGGAGCUCGAAUGGGACCACCAGGUGCUGCAGACGGCGGGCUGGGAGGCCAACGACCUCGGGGCGAAGCGCAUCAUCUUUAACGACAAGCUCGCCGCGUUUGACACGGCGCUGCUGGAUCUGGAGCUCGGCGGAGGGAUUCCCAACCGCACGCAGUUCAAGCACGUCGUGUUCGGACCCCAGCUGUGGUCGGGCUACGACGAGAGCUACUUCCCGGCCAUCCGCGACACGGUCGAGGCGGGCGACUGGGAGCUGGCGCGGCGCGUGAUGGCCAAGACGUCGGCGAUUCUGCGCAGCGCGGCGACGGUGCUCCAGAUGGAGAAGUAG